CAGCCCAGGCGAGGCGAGGCGAGGCGGGGCGGCCGCCCCCGGGGGCAGGAUGGUCGGGGAGCGCGGCCGGCGCGGCGGGCGCGAUGGAGCCGCCUGAGGGCUGGGACCCGUACGGGCGGCCGGCCCGGCGGACGCAGUGGCUGGUGAGCGCCCUGGCCUACCACUACGGGCUGGACCGCGGCGUGGAGAACGAGAUCGUCGUCCUGGCCACCGGCCUGGACCAGUACCUGCAGGAGAUCUUCCACCACCUGGACUGCGCCGGGGCGGGCAGGAUCCCCGGCGAGGACUUCCGGACGCUGUGCCAGGUGCUGGGGCUGGAGGAGGCGGCGGCGGCCGAGGCCGACCCCGACCCCGACCCCGAGGAGUGCGCGGGGCUGUGGGAGGGCCUCUCCGCCGAGCUCACCUUCCGCCAGUUCCACGCCCGCCUCUGCGGCUACUUCAGCACCAAGGCGGGCAGCGCGCCGCGCCGCGCCGUGCCGCGCCUGCCGCUGGGCCGGGAGAGCGAGCACAUCGAGACCCAGAUCCGCCUGCGCAGCCCCCGCCGCCGCCGCCGCCGGGAGCCGGCCGGACCCGGCGCGGCGGGGCGGCCCGGCGGUGGGUCGGCGGCGGAGCGGCGGCCGGCGGGGCCCUGCUCGCGGGAGUGCUACGAGGAGAUCGUGGCGCUGGAGCGGGCCGAGGACCGCAUCGCCAAGCUGGAGGAGGAGAACGGCAGCCUGCGGGAGCUGGUGGAGGACAUGCGGGCCGCCCUGCAGAGCAGCGACGCCCGCUGCCUGGCCCUGCAGGUAGGACUGCGGAAAAGCCAUGCUAACCAUAAGGAAGAGGGGACCUGUUUUAUAGGGAGUAAGAGACCAUUAAUGCAGAACCACUCCCAGACCAAGUGCCUUCAAAGUGUCCUGAAGGAAGUGGAACUCAUCCGGAGCUCCAGGGAUGGGCAAAUUGAAGAAGCAAUUAGGUUCAAUCAAGAGUUGGAAAGAGAGCUGAAGAGUUCUCAGGAAGCUCUGGUCAAUCUGGAAGAGUGCAACCGUAACCUGAAGAGGGAACAAGCAGAAAUGAGGAAGAAGGUUGAAGAGGCAAGACAUGCCGUCCUUAACAGUCUUAGCAAAGUGAAGGAGCUAGAAGUGAAAGCUAACGAAGUGCCACAUCUGCAAAUAUACAUUCAGCAGCUAGAAUCGGAACUGCAGCACUAUAGGACGGAAGUUGUGAGAUUUCAGCUUCCCUCAAGAAGCAGCCCAGAUCAGAAGGAGGGAGCAGCCUUACCAGGUGGAAGAUACUGCCUGUCUGUUGUGCAACAAGAUCGACGAUCUCCCACUGGUGGAGCUGGGAUUUCUGAGAACGAGGAUCAGCUGUUCCGCUCUGUGGAGGGCCAGGCUGCCUCUGAUGAAGAGGAGGAGAAGUGGGCAGGAGACCAGCCACCCCAGGUGGACCAAAUGAAGAAAAUACUGGCCAAGCUCCCUUGCUGUGGCAGCGGAUGUGAUGAAAAAAUGUGGAAAAAGCUAAUGUCUUACUUGGAGACCACCAAUGCUGACGGCUAUGAAACAGCCCCUGUGGAGCUCGCAGAGAGAAUCACGCAGCUAACUGAACAGCUUGAGCUUAAAGGGCAUGAAGUGAAGAAACUGGAAACAAAUAUGGAAGAGAACAUAUCUAAGCGAGCCUUGGGGAAAAUCUUGCUGAGCACUUUGGAAUCCUGCCGUGACCCCCAACCUGGAAAAGCCCACCUAUUUGAAGUCCUAGAUACUCUUUACCAUGAGCUGACAGCCUGUGAACUCUUACAAAGCCAGCCUCUGGAGAAGGCGCAGAGUUGCCAGUCCUUGUCUAACCCACUGGUCAUCUCGUGCUGAGCAGCAGUGCUAACUACAACCUGCACAACGAGCCGAACAACAGUCAUCGUUCAUUCAAACACAUGAUGAAUGAAUAAGAUUUGUCCAAUUCAGUGGAGCUCGGUAAUAGACAAAAGUAAUAGAAUAAUUCAGCCAUGAAAUCAAAGGUUUGCUGCUUCUGGGAAGAGCGCCAGUUCCCCAGCUAACGUCAAAGCCCUCCCUUACGUGAAUGAGCAUUCACAUGACGUGAGGAUUACAUAGCAAUGUCUGUCUCUGAUGGAAGCCUAACCGUCCUUGUAUGAUGGCCCUGUAACUGUACUGGUUAACCAAAUAAAAAUUAUUCCAAAUACACUGACCUGACCUAUUUAGAUUUACAGCCCUGGUUACACGCUGGCUGGGCAUGGUUUCUAGCUUUUGUGAUGAUAGCUCAAUUCAAAAGCAAAAGGCAGCCUAUGUUAUCACUGGCAAGUAAACCGCUUCCUUAACAUACAAGUGACAAAAUGACUGUAUUAUAAACAUACACAUGAGUGUAUGCCAGUAGUGUAAGUUUUAAGGGCUCAUGUAUAAAAUGUUUGUGUGUGUCUGUAUUUGUGAUUCAAUUAUUCACCUUAUUUAACUCUGAAGUUAGAUUUAAUAUUGCUCUGCUGAAUUUUGUAUUUGCAAUUAUAGAGAUGCCUUAGAAAUUUGCAACAGUCUUUCCUGACGAUAGUCUUAGAUUUUACAUAAAAAGUUAAAUUUAACUGCUUGAAAAAGGUAAAAAGCAAUCUUGUUCCCAGGCUUUCAGGGAAAGGAAGAGUUGAAAAAUUCACUUUGCAGCAGCUGCCAUUGUUGCAUUAGCAAACAACAUGUGCGGUACACAACUUUGUUUCCUCAUUUAAUUUCCCUCAGUGCAACUGUAGGGACACAAAGCUAGGCCCAAAUUGCAGACAAAUUAAUGUAAAAUGCUGGGCCUAAUCAUGGUGCCACAUAAUAUUUUAAUCAGCUAUAAAAUAAUUCCUGGGGGCAAAAGUAAAAUAAUAGUUGCUUCCAAGAUGCUUUUGUUGUUUCAUUCAACUAUCAAACACAGAAACUAGAGAAGCAGAGCUCUUAAAUGAUCCAACUGAAUUUAUGUUAUUAAAAAGAUGCGCCGUAGGUCUUUUAAGAAUGUGAAAUGAUUUGCCUGAGAUAAUGCCAGGAAUGAAAUAAGACCAUUCUAUUCUGAACUGUGCAUAUAUUAAUUUUUCCCGUGAAAAUGGUUUUCAUACAGGAAUAAGAUCUAUACUACAAUGCAAUCCGGGGAAUAAGAAGAUUUCUAUUCCUUUCUAUUCAUAAUACGCUGUAUAGCUUACACACACCUCCAUCCAAAAUUGUGAUACAUUACUUAGCAUUUAGAGCCAUGUUGGUAACAAAAAAUUACAAUAGAUAUUUUAAUUUCAUUUUAGAGGAGGAAAAAAAGAUAUUUUGGAAACAAUGGAACAAACUCUGUUCAAUGGUGUUUUACCUGGGGGUUUUUUUCUGGAUUAACAGAGGAAGAUUUUAAGAAUAGAUAUAAAUUUUUAAAGUAGAUUUUUCAUAAAGAUAAAUUAGACAGGACAUAUAUACAUAGUGCAAUAUUCACCCUAUAAGAAAGAAAACUGUAUACUAAUACUAAAUAUAUUACUGACAUAAUACUAAGCAUAAUGUACUAUUACUUGGUACAUACUAAACUAUAUGCUAUAUUAUAUACUACAAAAACUAUACACUAAAUGUGCAACAGAUAAAAACUAAAAUGAGCAGAAGUUAGUUCCCUGCUUGGGUUCAUUUUCUAAAAAACAAGUAGCAGCUUAUGUUUUGUGCAGCUCUCUCAGACUUCCCAGGAAUACUGUAUAUGUAUAAAGAGAAAAAAUGCCAACAAAUCAUUAAAUAAGCAUGAUCUGUGUGUAUCGUUAGCAGAAGUGACACUUCAGGGAUUAUAAUGCACGUACAUGCCUGAUUAUGGAUACUCUCAGGUACUGCAGGAUUCUUUUGUCAUUUGAAUUAGUAUUAUUUACUGUAUCCACUCUCUAUAUAUACACAUAUAAAUGUGAAUUUGUAUUAUAUAUACUUACACAUACCUUAAGUUUGCUAUGCUAAUUGUAUAUUUUUAGUAUCUUUUUCACCACUGAGUUUCCAUUUCACUUUCUAAUAUAUUUCUAGAAAUCUAGACUAUUAAGUAAACUAAUGUCCUAAUGUCAAAAUGGGGGAGGAGCAAUACAAUCUGAGUGAGUGCUACACAGCUUAUCCAAGCAGCAGUUGAACUGUAACUGGAAACUAGAAAAUGCCACUGGAAACCUAAACUAAUGUUAAGGAAGAUGCAAACAGUUGAGAUAAAAGGAAGCUUUUGUGAAUAAAUAAACAGCACUUAACUGAUACAAGAAGCAGCAAGAUCACAUCUUGCUAAAUUAGCUUCAAAUACUGUAACAUUUUUAUUUCUUUAAGAAAUGCCUAUAUCAGAAUCAUUUUUGAUACAUCAGCAUAUGCUGAUUAACCUUUUAAUAAUAAAAGCUGAUUAUUUUAACUCCAAAAAGUAAUUAAUAUGGAGCAAGUAAGACUUGCAGUAUUUGCAUAAGAAGAAUCUGUUCUUCAGGAUGGAUCAAGAAACACUCCUCAGUCAAAUUCUUGCUGGACAUCAGAGACAAAGCAAAGCACUGUACUUUGGUAAGACCUUCUUUGGUGACCUUAAAAUUGAUUUUUUUCUUAAAUACUUUUACCUUAAUGUUUUUUACUGAGCCUGUCAGCAGUGUUGCUGAGGCUGCUAAAUACUUCAUGUGAAGCUGUAUACAUAUGUGAUUUUAAAUCAAUGUAACUGGGAAAUUUCUAGCUUUGCGUUCCACAGUUUGAUUUACUAUGUGGAACAUGUUCGAAAGAGUCUGCACAAUAAUCCUGGGAAGCAAACACAAACCUCUUGGUUUUCUAAAAGACCUAGCUCCUUAAGUCAAGUGAUUACUGCAGAUUUCAGCUACCUUUUUUUUCCUUUUUAAAAUUUCUUGCCUUUUUGAGUAUUGGAAUUGUUCCCAGAUAAACAGCGAACUGAAAUAUCUAAUCAAGUCUCAUUAAUAGCUUCACCAUAUUUCAAACAAUAAUGUAGGAGCAGUUAUUACCCACACUGCUGCGUAACAAACACCUUCUUUGAACAACUGGAGCAGUCUUCACAGUAACAUACUCUGCAAUUGCUCAUCUAGCACAUACAAAAUUGUAGAUUUGCACAAACUGGUACUCACAUUACAGGGAACAUAUACCAAGUUUAAACUAACUUUGUAAAAAAAAAUUCCCUAUAUGACAAAAACUGAAAAGAUAACAAAGCACACUCAAAAGCCUUCUGUUUAAAAAGUACAACCACAAAUCCGGUAUCUCAAAUCUCUGCAAACAUUUUGUUUUGUUGUAUGCUUACCAAAUGGUAAUAAAUAGCCAUUUGCUUACAUCUUGACUUCUCACUAAAGAAAAAAAAUCACAGAGAGAGUGCAUGUGCUAUAAACAUAACAAGUGCAAUUGCCCAUCAAAAAUUUUGCAUAAGCAGAUGAAGACCAUCAGAGCAUGCCUUCCCAACAUUUCUUUGUUCAGUAGGAAAACCAGUUUGGGGAGUACAUUACCAGGUAAGACCAGAGCCCUGCUGUACAGCUUCCAACUGGUGAGGGUUACUUAGGUCUUGUCUGUAGGAGGGACCUGUACUACUUUGAUUUUCAGUUAGAAAGCCAAUGGGGAUCUAUAAAAGGGCUAAAGCAACCUAAUUAUGCUGGCUUUGAGGCACUCCGGUUGAACUCUGGCUUUAUACCAUGCUUGACAUUUUAUCCCCUCCCCAGCAUGCUCAUUCCUCAUUCUAGUAGAUUUAUUUUUUUCUUUCGAGAAUAAUUCCAUUCAUUCUUAAAGGACAGUUUGUUUCAUCCCAGAUGUAUCUGCUGGAGACUCCCUGAUGUAAUUCACCCCAACAAAAGUUAUUCUGCAUCACCUCCUCUAUAUGUCUUUCCUCCUUCAUUGCUAAUUACAGAGCAAUAAAUCCCUCAGGCUCCCAGAUUUUGUACUUCAAGACUGGUGUCCAGUCUUUCCUUGAAGGAGCUGCCUGGAGUGUUCUCAGCACUCCUAACCCUCGCUCCUACAAGUCUCAAGGAAUGUGCCCUUUCCCCUGCUCACAUGUCCCCUAAACCUGGCAGUCUAGCUCUCAGAGACUUUGCUCGUAUAAUGCGUUUGCGUUUCCUUAGCCUUAGUGGUUCAACAUUAGACCUCCGCAAAUUGUGAUCAAACUCGCUUUCUUAGCAGUCACCAUCUUAAUUUAUUUUUUUUUUAUUAAAACUGCAAAUUGGCCAUAACAAGGAAGCUGGGACAUUUCCUCCACUGUUCUCCACUGUUUCCACAAAACAAGCUUUCCGAUUUGCCUUCAUUCUCAAACUACUUUCUCCUCCCAAUGCCCUCCUCACUUACCAUUUGGCAUAUUUCUUGUUGAGAUAACCUGAGGGUCUGCACACUUCUCACACAACUUACAUUUUUCAAGAAGAGUUUCCUCCUUCCCAUUAUUUUUUACUUUAUAUGAGGUAUUAACUAAUAGUAAAUUAAAGUCCACCUGAUAUAUAAAGUUA